AUUAAAUAUUAUAUAUAUAAAAAUUGUAAUGGGUGGUUGUGGAUCACGAGAAAAAGAGUUGAGAGAGAAGGUAGGAUUCUCUUAAAGUGAUUAUGAUUAUGCACUUAAAAAAUUUAGUAAGAUGACAAAACAAAAACCAGGGUAUUUAUAAUUUUAAUAAUAGGAAAACAGAAGAAUAUUUUAGUUUUGAAGGGUUUAAGUAAUAUUUUACAGAGAAUCCAGUGUUAGCCUAAAAGCUGUAUAUUUUUAUGAGAAACUAUGGAGGUUAAAAUUAUGUAGAUUGUCAUACAUUUCUCACAGUUGGUAUAGAGAAAUAUAUAUUUUAGUUGAUCUAUUUACCAGGGUUUCAAUGAAAUUAUAGAGUUAAUUGAAAAACUUAGAUAUUUAUACAUUAUUCACUUUGGUUUCUUUAUCAAGUCCUGACAUAAUGUAAAGAGAUUCAUUCAAUUUAAAUAAUGUUUAUAAGAUAAGUGUUAGCUAUUCAAAUGCAGUAAAGUUAUUUAAAGUAAAUAAAUGUGAUAGAAUUUUUAGGAACUUAUUAACAUGCAAAGCGAUAAAGGAGAUAUUUUAUGUCAUGAUGAUGAUCAAGCACCAAUUUUAAUUAUAAACAACAUUUUUGAAAGUAAAUUAAUUUAAUAGUAAAUUUAGAUCAUUCAUUAUUGAAUUAUAAAGCAUUUAAUGAUAAAAUUAAGUCAGAAACUCCACUUAUAUCAAAGGUUGUUAAAAAUUAUAUUGCAGGCAAAUUUGUUAAUAAAACCUUGAGAAAUCAAUUACCUAUUCUAAAACCAAGUGAGCUUAUGAAUAAAUAACUAGUAGGUAUCAAGAAUUAUUAAAAUAAAUUAAGCAUUACUUAAUUUAAGUGUACCUUGGUUUUCUAAAUGUAUAGCUAUUAAUAGAAUUUACAAUUAUGAUAUAGAUUCUGGAUAACAAUAUAAUUUUAAUAUCUUAGGAAAUUCCUUACUUUAAGCAAAAGGACCAAAUAUGAUUUUAUUUAGACAUUGUUAAAAAGAUAAAGAUGGAGAUAAAUAAGAUAAAUAUGUAUUUGGAUAUUUUUCUCCUUCAUAAUGGAGAGUUUCCCCAGAUAUUUCAGGAAAUAAAGGAUCUUUUAUAUUCUCUAUCCAUCCUAAAUUCAAAAUCUUUUCAACAAAUGGUUAAUAAUAAAGUAAAUUUGCUUUGUUAGUACCAAUAAUAACAAAAAGAUAAAGUUAAACACUUCAUUCACCUCUUAAAUAAGGCCCAAAAUAACCUGGUUUAGGUAUAGGAGGAAGUGGUUAUGAUCAUCAUAGAAUUUGGAUAGAUGGAAAAUAAUUAUAAGCAAGUAGGCUUGUUGAUGAAGAUAAAACAUUUUAAAGUGGUUCUAUAUUACCUGAUGAUAUUCAUUUACUCAAUGUAAGUUGAUAAAUUUUCAUAAAUUAUUUUAGAUCGACUUAAUUGAAAUAUGGGAUCUCUAAUUAAGUACUGUAGCUUAAGGUACUUCUUAUUUUAAAUCUACAUCUCAUCAAGUUUAUUUUGGCCAAGAUGAAAAAACAAUUAAUUAAAAUCAAUUAAGAGAUCUAAUAAUUACCUUAAAUUAACAAUAAGGAAGAAAUGACUAUGUAUUAUUUUUUUUUAUAAUUUAUAGAGAAGAGAUACAAAAGAAUUUUAGACAAGUAAUCCGUUACUUCCAAUUAAUGAAGAGGAAGAAGAAAAACAAUAACCAAAAUGA